ACUUGGUUGUUGUCAGCUAACUGUGAAGUGAAGCUUAGACAGAUGCUAAUAAUAACUAUGAAUGAGUGGCCCCGCCUUUAAUCCGGGAACUGGAAGGCAAAGAGACAGGCGGAUCUCUAUUGAGUUCAAAGUCAGCCUGGUCUAUAUAGUGACUUCCAGACCAUCCAGAGGUACACAGUGAGAUCUUGUGUUAAAACAAAACGCAUAGGGAAACAAUGAAGAAUGACAGGCACGCAGCACUAGCUUAGUGUGUUAAAGAAAUAACAGACACGUACUAAAGCAGGACUUCCUACUUCGAGAGCCCUAAGAACAAAAAACUAAACCAACAAAUCCCAGCCCUGGGGAGGUGUGGCCUACGUCGCGGGACUACAAACCGAUGCAUGAUGGGACGAUUUAAGAGGGAAAACCGAAGCCAGGCGCGAUGGAUUAUGGGAGGCGUUUCUAAAGGCCGCGGGAUCGGCAAAUGGAGAAAGCCGCGGCGGCUUGAGUUUGGCCAGACCGGGGCCCGAGUCUGUCCCUCGAGCCCACGGCAGGAUGCAGUGCCGCGCUUCCGCUGGCCCGGCGAUGCUGAGUGUGCGUCCUCUACCCACACCCCUGCCAUGUCCGGCUGCAAACUACCCAUGGGCCUGUGCCCAGACAUGUGCCCGGCCGCCGAGCGCGCCCGACGCGAGCGCGAGCGCCGCCUGCACCGACUGGAGGUGGAGCCAGGCGGCCGUGGGAACGCUCCCCGAGCCGACCCGAGGCGCACCGUGAAGGAGUACAGCCGGCCGGCAGCGGGCAAAUCCCGGCCCCCGCCAAGUCUGCUGCGGCCGCCGCCAGUGCUCCUGGCCACCGUGCGUUAUCUGGCCGGUGAGGUGGCUGGCCGCGGCGACGUGUCGUGCGCGGAGGUGGCGAGCUUUGUGGCCGACCGCCUGCGCGCAGUGCGGUUAGAUCUGUCGCUGCAGGGCGUGGACGACGCGGACGCGGCGACAGUGCUGGAGGCUGCGCUGGCCACCCUGCUGGCCGUGGUGGCGCGGGUGCGGCCAGAAGAGACGCGCGGAGCCGCGGACCCGGUGCUGCUUCAGACUCAGGUGCAGGAAGGCUUCGGUUCGCUGCGGCGCUGCUACGCGCGGGGCAAAGCCCCGCACCCCCGCCAGGCUGCUUUUCAGGGCCUCUUUCUGCUCUACAACUUGGGUUCUGUGGAAGCCCUGCAGGAGGUUCUACAGCUGCCUGCCGCCCUGCGUGCCUGCCCACCCCUUCAGACGGCUUUGGCUGUUGACGCUGCCUUCAGGGAAGACAACCAUGCCCGACUGUUUCGCCUGCUUCGCACCUUACCCUACCUACAGAGCUGCGCAGUGCAGGAACACAUUGGGUACGCCCGCCGCAAAGCUCUAGCCCGCCUGUCCCGUGCCCUGAGCACUCCUAAGGGACAGACCUUGCCUUUGGACUUCAUAGAACACUCUCUGGCCCUGGAUGGACUCCAGGAAGCACGGGACCUGUGCCAGGCCCAUGGUCUAACCUUGGAUAAAGACAGAGUUGUUUUCCUGAGGGGUCAGUACUCUGAGGAGGGACUCCCACCCCCUGGUUCCUACCACAUAUUAGUGGGGAGCAAGCUGCAGGGACACAGCCUGGAGGAUGUGGUCAUGGCCGAGGAAGAUAACAUUCACAGACCUGGAUCUCCAGCUUGAGAGGGUUUCGUCUCAAGCUGGCCUGAGAUCAAGGCCUGGAUCAGAGCACCUAGGGUUCUUUUUCAUAAUUCCCAAACAAUAAAAGGAACUCAUUAUGAUCUCCAAA